UCGUCCUGAAGUCAUACCAAAGAACAACCUUGGCUGAAGAACAUCUCAAACCGGAGCCGAUCGGCAGAGAUCAAGAUCCUCGGCGCGUGCAGCUCAGUGUGCAAUAUCGUACCGCGUGUGUUUUUGUGUGCUGUUUAAGUGCAUUCUGUUGAAGCGAGUGGUGUGAUAAGACUACACAAAAUGAUUUCAAAGGUACUCCUCGUUGCUUCCCUGGUAGCGGCAUCGGUCGCAGCACCCGUCUAUGGACCACUCUCGUACGGCCCGGCCCUGUCCUACGGCUAUGCGGCAAAAGCCAUCCAACCCCUGCACACGGUAGCGGCCGCCCCAGUCCUACACGCGCCAGCCAUCGCCGUAGCGGCCGCACCGGUCCUCAAGCACGUGGAAGCGUACGAUCCGAACCCGCACUACAGCUUCAGCUACGGCGUGUCGGACCCGCACACCGGCGACUCGAAGCACGCGGAAGAAACGCUCUCGAACGGUGUCGUGCACGGUAGCUACUCCCUCACCGAGCCGGACGGUACCAUCCGCAAGGUGACGUACACGGCCGACAAGAUCCACGGGUUCAAUGCCGUCGUCGAGAAGAGCGGCCAUGCCAUCCACACGGCACCGGUGCUGAAGAAGGUGGUCGCUGCGGCCCCACUGGUACAUGCGGCCCUGCCGUACUACCAUCACUAGACGUGGAUGGAUUUGGCGAAAGCUGCACGAAUCAAUGCUGUAGAUAACGCUCUCUCUCACACACACAAACAUUAGCUUUAGGCGCCAACCAAGGGCGCGCACUCACCCUCUCUGUUUAGUAAUUGCAAUUACGAUAGUGAAAUGGUUAAGCAAGUUAAAUAAAAUAAACAAAAAAAUA